AUGAAAAAUUUAACUGAAGCUGAACAGAAAUUUCAAAAUCACGAUUGGGUAAACGAUAAAAAAUGGAAACAAUAUUUAACUAACUUAUAUCCAUCUCCAUCAAUACAUCAUAUAGAGAAAUAUAAAAGGAAAUAUUUUCAGAAAAAUAUCGAUAAAAAUCUUGAUAUAAACCAAAGUUAUAGUAAUGAUAAUGUUAAGGAGGAAAAACCACAAUAUCCCAAUUUUCAAGGAAACAACAACAAAAGCUACAAUUACAAUGGACAUGUCCCAUUGGUUACCUUUUUUUACAGUAUAUUUGUAUUAUGUAUUAGUCUCUUCUAUUUUAUAACUCUUUCCUUAAACUUGAGUUUGUAUAAGAAAAUGGGAACCUUCAUAUCCCUAUCUUACUUUUUCGCAUUCCUAAGUUUCCUAUAUAUGGAUUACAAAACGCAGAAGCAAAAUUUUUCCAUCGUACAAUUCUUCUCAAGUGAAAAGGGCCAAUAUUUGUCUUAUUCUAUGAUACUUUUUUUUAUUAAAGAUGCGGUCUUAAUAUUUCUACCCAUAUUUUUUACCCUUUUAAUUAAUUCGUAUCUCAUGUAUAAACAGAUUAAACCCAUUUGUCCCCCCACAAUUCAAAGGAAUUAUUAUGUUAACAAAGUUGUUUCCUAUUUUGAUCAUACAAUUGGAAAAGUCUAUAUGAUGAGAGCGAGCAUAGAAAUCUACAACUUAGUUUUUAUAAUUAUAUGUCUCUUUUUGAAAAGAGCCACUGUACUAAAUUUGAUUAUUUAUCUGCAUUUCUUUAAGUUAAAGUAUAGUUCCUCGGAUUCGUAUUUCCACGCCUGCUAUGCAAAGAAUGGAGAAAUUAUCAGACAGUGCUUGUCGCACCCCAUGGUCCCAAAAUCAUUUUUAAACGCAUUCAAUAAGGUAUCCUACUAUUUUAACGCAUAUCUAAAUUACAGACGUCAAUAA